UUUGUUUUCUGUUCACUACAGUAAUGCAAAUUAUACAGUAAAUUGCCGUAUCUUAAAGCAGAAGCAUGUUUUACAGUAGGUUACAGAAUAUAUGUUCCUUAGCUGCUGGAAAAGAACAAUACAUGCUUGCAAGUUCCACCUAACUUCACUGCAAGCUGCUUCUUCACUGCUGGAUUGGAGCAAGCCCGUCCCAUCUGCUGUAGCAAAUGGCUUGAACUCUGGAGGGGUUAGAUUGAAAACCGAUCGGGCUGCACAUUUCUUUCUCACACCCUCUCUACCUCCAUUAAAAAAUAAGGAAAAGGAGCGUGUUGGCUGAUAAAACCCGAAGAAGCACGCGGCGUUUUAAAGGGUUAGCGAACUUUGCCUAAUCGCAGUGAUGGACUGAGGGAGCACCCAGGACACUCUACAGCGCUGCGGCUCCGCUCUGAACUUUAUGAAUGAGCCUCCUUCUUAGAAACAAACUUGCAUCGAGCUUUGCUAAAACACAUCCCGCCUCCAUCUCUCCUCUUUGUUUUUUAAACAGUGACGUUACCAUUUUAGAUGGAUUUUCUUCGCAUACUAAGAUGGACAUGCAUUUUGCUGAUUUGUGAUUGACAGAUUAUUCUGUAAAUCUCGAUCGCAUUAUUCGGUUGUAAAGAUCGCUCGUGUAUCGGAUAAAGCGAAUAGCGAGGCACUGGGAUCCGAUUGCAGAGCGAGCGGCUGUGCAGAAUCAUCUUUACAUCACCAGGUUUGAUCUACUGAAUCACCACCAUCUUAAAAUGGAGACUUCGGCUCAAACCGCUAGUGAGACAAAGGAGACCAAGAGCUCAAUCAUAGAGGGGAACGGCUUCACGGACACUGGCAAGAAAUCGUCAGCUUCAGCGAUAGCACAAGCCCCACACCACAUAUUCCCAACAUUCCACGCUCCAAUUCCGAUUGACAUGCGUCACCAUGAGGGGAGAUAUCAUUAUGAACCACACUCCAUACACGCUAUGCACGGCCCUCCUGGAUUAACUGGUAGCCCUGUCAUCUCCGACAUCUCCCUCAUUCGACUGUCCCCCCACCCUGCCGCCGUCGGGGAGCACCCCUUCAACGCUCCUCACCACUACGUCAGCCCCCACAUGGAGAACUACCUCCGCUCCGUGCACGGCAGCCCCACACUCUCCAUGAUCUCAGCAGCCCGAGGCCUGAGCCCAGCGGAGGUUACACACGAACACUUGAAGGAGAGAGGGCUUUUCAGCCUGCCCCCUCCCCCCCCUGGAGCUACCCCUGCUGAGUACUACCACCAAAUGGCAGUGAUGGCCAGCCACCGCAGCCCUUAUGGGGAACUCCUGAUGCAGAGCGGAGCAGCAGCAGCGAUGGCUGCACACCUCCCGGACUACAUCAACCCCGUGGAUGUAUCUCGGUACUCCAGCCCACGGCUGACUCCGAGGCUCAGUCGAAAGCGAGCUCUUUCCAUCUCGCCCCUCUCCGAUGCCAGCAUUGACCUCCAGACCAUGAUCCGCACCUCGCCCAACUCCCUGGUGGCCUAUAUCAACAACUCCAGGAGCAGCUCUGCAGCCAGUGGCUCGUACGGGCAUCUCUCUGCCGGAGGAAUCAGCCCUGCGUUUGCUUUUCCCCACCCCAUCAAUCCAAUGGCAUACCAGCAGAUUCUGAACCAGCAGAGAGGCUUGAGCUCCACGUUCGGGCACACCCCCCCUCUCAUCCAGCCGUCUCCCUCGUUUGUAACGCGGCAGCACAUGACAGGAAUCUCCUGCCUUCCAACCCCUGCACACAACAACAGCAACAACAACAGCACUUCCGACUCAAACCAGAACGCCAGUGGGGAGUCAGCAGUGAGCAGCUCCAUGAACCCGAUGAUAACCAAGCGAUCCAAGGUGAAGACAGAGGGGGAGGGAGUGAGACCAGCCUCCCCAGGCACUCAGGUAAUGGGGCACAGUGCAUCCAAGGUGAAGACAGAGGGGGAGGGAGUGAGACCAGCAUCCCCAGGCACUCAGGUAAUGGGGCACAGUGCAUCCAAGGUGAAGACAGAGGGGGAGGGAGUGAGACCAGCCUCCCCAGGCACUCAGGUAAUGGGGCACAGUGCAUCCAAGGUGAAGACAGAGGGGGAGGGAGUGAGACCAGCCUCCCCAGGCACUCAGGUAAUGGGGCACAGUGCAUCCAAGGUGAAGACAGAGGGGGAGGGAGUGAGACCAGCAUCCCCAGGCACUCAGGUAAUGGGGCACAGUGCAUCCAAGGUGAAGACAGAGGGGGAGGGAGUGAGACCAGCCUCCCCAGGCACUCAGGUAAUGGGGCACAGUGCAUCCAAGGUGAAGACAGAGGGGGAGGGAGUGAGACCAGCAUCCCCAGGCACUCAGGUAAUGGGGCACAGUGCAUCCAAGGUGAAGACAGAGGGGGAGGGAGUGAGACCAGCAUCCCCAGGCACUCAGGUAAUGGGGCACAGUGCAUCCAAGGUGAAGACAGAGGGGGAGGGAGUGAGACCAGCCUCCCCAGGCACUCAGGUAAUGGGGCACAGUGCAUCCAAGGUGAAGACAGAGGGGGAGGGAGUGAGACCAGCCUCCCCAGGCACUCAGGUAAUGGGGCACAGUGCAUCCAAGGUGAAGACAGAGGGGGAGGGAGUGAGACCAGCAUCCCCAGGCACUCAGGUAAUGGGGCACAGUGCAUCCAAGGUGAAGACAGAGGGGGAGGGAGUGAGACCAGCCUCCCCAGGCACUCAGGACCAUCUGGCUGGAAUCGUGGGUCUCACAGAAGAUUUAGAUAAGGACGAGUGUAAACAGGAGCCAGAAGUUAUAUAUGAGACAAACUGCCACUGGGAGGGCUGCACCAAGGAGUAUGAUACUCAGGACCAGCUUGUGCAUCACAUUAAUAACGAGCACAUCCACGGGGAGAAGAAGGAGUUUGUGUGCCGCUGGGAGGAGUGCUCCCGGGAGCAGAAGCCCUUCAAGGCGCAGUACAUGCUGGUGGUGCAUGUGAGGAGACACACAGGGGAGAAGCCACACAAGUGCACAUUCGAAGGCUGUUCCAAAGCUUACUCCCGACUGGAGAAUUUAAAGACUCACCUGAGAUCCCACACUGGAGAGAAGCCGUAUGUCUGUGAACACGAGGGCUGCAAUAAAGCCUUCUCUAACGCCUCGGACAGAGCCAAGCACCAGAACAGGACCCACUCCAAUGAGAAACCCUAUGUGUGUAAGAUCCCGGGCUGCACAAAGAGGUACACAGACCCCAGCUCCCUGAGGAAGCAUGUAAAGACCGUACAUGGGCCUGAAGCUCAUGUCACAAAGAAACAGAGAAACGAAGCCCUCCACCGGCCUCAGCCAUCAAGGGAGAACGGAGCAAACGAGGCCAGCGCCAAACACAGUGGCAGGGGCUUGGAGGACAACAGCACAACUAGAGGCAUGGAGGACUGCUUACAAGUCAAACCCAUUAAAACAGAGAACUCUGUGAUGUAUCAGUCCAGCCCUGGUGGUCAGUCAUCAUGCAGCAGUGAGCCAUCCCCGCUUGGCAGCAUCACCAACAAUGACAGUGCAGUAGAGAUGCACAUGAACCAUGGAGGGAGUCUGGGAGACCUGGCUGCACUGGAUGACCCCCCCAUUCGGGACUCCACCGUUUCCUCGGGGUCCUCCACAGUCGGCCUUCAGCUGCGCAAAAACAUUACCGCCACCCACAGACUUGAACAACUCAAGAAGGAGAAACUAAAGACAGUGAGGGAUUCUUGUUCAUGGGCCAGCCCAGCGCCUCAAGCCAGAAACAUCAAGCUGCCUCCCAUACCAGCGAUCGGUUCUUUACUGGAGAGUUCGAGUACUGGUGGACCCACUGCUAUGUUACCCAAGCAGAGACUGAAUGAGCUGCCUACCAGUAACGUCACUAUGCUCAAUCAGCUGAACGAACGCAGAGACAGCACCACGAGUACCAUCAGUUCAGCCUACACCGGCAGCCGGAGAUCUUCAGGCAUCUCGCCCUGCUAUUCCAGCCGCCGAUCCAGUGAGGCCUCCCAGUGCGGGGGUCGUCUGAACAACAUCAGCUCAGCAGACUCAUACGAUCCAAUCUCCACAGAUAUGUCUCGGCGAUCGAGUGAGGCGAGUCUGAGUGAGGGAAUACAAAGCCUCCUGAAUCUCACCCCUGCCCAGCAAUACAGGCUAAAGGCUAAAUAUGCCGCUGCAACUGGGGGAGCUCCACCCACUCCUCUACCCAACAUGGACCGCAUGGGUGUCCGGACAGGGAUGUCUCUGUUUGGGGAUGCAUAUGAAUCUGCAGCCGCUCCCAUGCAUCCCCCUACUGUGCCACGACGAUGCAGUGACACUGGCUAUGCUACAUCCAGUAUGAUGCUGCAGGAUGUGCCAGGCAACAGCAAUAGACGUGCAAGUGACCCUGUGCGGAGGCCAGCUGUUGAUCCUCUGUCUCUCCCGAGGGUUCAACGCUUUAACAGUACAAACAGCAUGAACCCGCUCCCCCGGCCAAUGGAGAGACGCAACCUCAGUCUGCAGAAGUACACCCGCUCAAAUGGCAGCCUGCAACGGCAUGUUUUCUGCUCCCGGCCGCCAAGCAUCACUGAGAACGUUGCUAUGGAGACGAUGUCAGGUGACUUGGACAGUCAGGCUCCAGAGGAUGACAUCAUGCUUCCGGAUGACGUAGUGCAGUACAUUAAAUCUCAGAACAGAGGCUCUGUGGAUCAGGACAACAGCUCCACAGGCUACGGCAGCCAGGCGCUGGGCUUCCAAGGAAACGUGAAUGUGCCGCAGCAGCAUCAGCAUCAGUUUUACGGCCAGCGGAGAAUGGCCAUGGUUGACACAAACAUGAAUCAGCCAGGGCAAAUAAUGGCACAGUGCCAAAUGAGCCCAGGGAACCAGCAACAGUUCCACACUCCUCCGAUUAUGAAUAAAAAUAACAUGCCUGUCCAGUGGAAUGAAGUCAGCUCAGGUACUGUUGAUGUCAUACCAAGUCAGACAAAGCAACCGUUUGCCAAAGGGAACUUAGCAGUUGUGCUGCAGAAGCAAAACUUUGGUCAGUAUCAGAACAUUGACGCCAGCCAACAAACCAUGCAAAUGAAUCAAAAUAAUGCACACAUAGCACAGCAGAGUUUCACACAGAGGAAGGCAAGCUUCAAUACCCAAAAGAUGAACUACAUGCAGCAAAGGCAGCAGCAGAUUAAUUUAAAUGAACCAAUGAGCCCACAGCGGGGGAUUAAUCAGAACAACGCAAUGCUCAGCCCGAGUGCUGCGAGUGUAAAGGCAGGCCAGCUGCCAUCGUGCAGCAGUAUACCAGGCAGCUCUGCACCCAUGAUGACCAGUAACAGUAGAGGACCCGCAGUGCAGGAUUACAGCUCUCAGCCUGGGGUGGGUCAAAACCACCUCACCCCCCCUAAUCAUUAUGAAGAUUACAGUCCCACCCAGCAGAAUUUCAACACUCCCUCCCAACGCAUGAUGAAAAGUUUCAGCCAUGGCAUGAUGCAACCUGGUCCACCUCCAGGGUCCAGCCCAUCCAACAGGCAGCGCGAGGCUCUGAGCUCCGUGCAGCAGGAACAGGCUUUUAUAAGAAGUCCACAGUCCAUCCACAGCAUGAGUCCCAGCCACACCACUUCAGAAGCCAGUCCCAAAAGGCAGCCUAACAUGCCUCAGUCCCAGGCCCAGCAGUGCGCUAAUGGUAGCCAGGAAAGCAGCUUGAUGUUUUAUUCAGGACAGAUUCACAUGUAUGAGCACAAUGGAAACCUCGACACAGGGAUUUCCUGUGCAAGGCAGCAGCAGGUGCCGCAGCAGUGUUCCUCUGAUAUAAAGGCUCCCACCAUGCCUUCCCCAGGAGUCAACCAGGUUUCAAGCACAGUCGACUCCCAGGGCAUGGAGCACGCUCAGAUAGACUUUGAUGCCAUGAUGGAUGACGGAGAUCAGUCCAGCUUGAUGUCAGGAACCCUCAGCCCCAGUAUCCUCCAGAACCUCUCCCAGAGCUCCUCCCGGCUCACAACUCCUCGCAGCUCUCUGACGCUGCCUUCCAUGCCUGCUGGGAUAACCAACAUGGCUAUCGGAGACAUGAGCUCCAUGUUGACAGCGCUGGCUGAGGAAAGCAAAUUUCUUAACCUGUUGUCUUAAUGCCGAGUCAAAAAGAAACAAAGAGACAGACAUUCAUGCUCUUUGGAAUCCUGUCUUUGACAACCAUUUCAAGUACUGUGUCCUGUUUAUUUGUGGAAAUGAUGUAACACUGCUCUCGCUGUGAGCAGAGCAGACUCAGCUUACAGUAGUAAGUUAGCACAUCAACGUGUGUUGUUUGCGAAUGAAUAUUUUUUCCGGUGUCUUCUCCAAAAGCACUGACCCAUGCUGGAUUCGACACGACAAAAACAACAUUUGCAUCACUCCUUGUAAACUAGGGAAUGAGGUUUAUUUGUGUUUGUUUGUUUUCAAUAAUUAAUGUAUUAUGCAAAUAAAAGUGUUACUGUACCUAUUAGUCAAGGAGGAAUCUAAACUGGCAAUAUGUUUUUAUGUCACAUCAAAAGCCAUAAUUUACAUACAUUUUGAGAAAGAUGUCUUUUCUAAACUUAGAUCUCACCGCAUUGCAUUUCCGUAACAUCUUGCCAAAUUUACAUUAGUAUUCAAGACCUGUUGUGACAAGUGCCUUGCUAUACUGUAUAUUUCUGUCUGAUGAUAAGAGCACGCUGGUACUCCAUGUAAACUUGAAAUGCACUGCCAGAAAACUGACAGAAGGUAUUUAGAAUGCUUUUUUUGUUUGUUUUUAUUAAUUUCCUUGAUACAUGAGUUAAAAGGUAAAAUUACCUAAAUUAUAUUAUGGAUGAUGACUCUGAUUUGAUUGUCAUCUUGUAUAUAAACACUUAGACAGAAGACUUUGAUUGGGUUACUUUAGCCAUCCCCACGACUAUGUCACUUCAGUUUACCUUCUAUGGUUAAAUGCCAGUCAGUAAAUUACAAAUCAAGAUGGGAAAUGUAUUAAAAGUGUUCUAAUGACAAAGACAUGUACGCUAUAGUCAGUGUGCAGAGAUUACAGCAUGCAAAGUGUUCUAAUGACAAAGACGUGUACGCUAUAGUCAGUGUGCAGAGAUUACAGCAUGCAAAGUGUUCUAAUAACAGACGUGUACGCUAUAGUCAGUGUGCAGAGAUUACAGCAUGCAAAGUGUUCUAAUAACAGACGUGUACGCUAUAGUCAGUGUGCAGAGAUUACAGCAUGCAAAGUGUUCUAAUAACAGACGUGUACGCUAUAGUCAGUGUGCAGAGAUUACAGCAUGCAAAGUGUUCUAAUGACAAAGACGUGUACGCUAUAGUCAGUGUGCAGAGAUUACAGCAUGCAAAGUGUUCUAAUAACAGACGUGUACGCUAUAGUCAGUGUGCAGAGAUUACAGCAUGCAAAGUGUUCUAAUAACAGACGUGUACGCUAUAGUCAGUGUGCAGAGAUUACAGCAUGCAAAGUGUUCUAAUGACAAAGACGUGUACGCUAUAGUUAGUGUGCAGAGAUUACAGCAUGCAAGUACCGCAGAGUGUGCCAUCGACGAUUAAGCAAUGCUCUGCCCUUCAACAAGACAGAGCUAGAGAAACUUAUACAAGUCUUUAUAAAAAAAAAAAAUCAAUUCUCUUUCAUUCACCUGAGUUAAAAAUAACCUUUUCUACACUCUUAACAGCACAUAUGUAGUGUACUAAAUAUGUAUAUAGCUUUUGUACAUUUUAUAAAAUACAAUAACACUUUUUUUACUUAUCUUGUGUGUAUGAGUCUUUUCAAACCACAUCCCUUUUUCCUCCUUUGGGGUAUAAGUAAUUGUGUUGGGUCUCCAGCAAGUCCUAACCACAAAAUAAACAGAGCGAUGUAUUCAUUUACAAGCAUUAGAAAAUCAAAUUUCAUUUGAGAUGCUGUAGAAUUUGCAAACAAUGUGUGUUUUCGAUGUGCUUAGCAAGUGUCCCAGUAUACAAAUGGUAGCAAUGAGGAAAUGACUUUUUUAAAUAUACAAUUCUGGUAUUUACAUAUCGGUUGACUUUAUUAUGAAAGCCAAAUGUUUAAAAUAUACAUCAAUACAAAAUAUAGUGAAAAUGUCAGUUGACUCUGCUUACUAGAGUUAAAACAUUUCCACUAAGCACGACAGACCCUACUUCCCCUGUGAUUAAGAAACAUUCAUUUUCUUUGCAGCCUCAAUUCCACUCUCUUCACCAAUGGGAUGCUCUAACUUCACUUCUUCAGAUCAGGUCAGAUUGUUUCAGGUCACUGUGCCUCCCUUGAGUUUAUUGUGCAGAUUUGAAUGAAAUCGGUUUUGUCCAAAAGCUGGCAAGUGCACUGUCCCGGCUCUUUCAUGAAACAGAUGAAAGAAGGUACUGCAAAAACACAGAACGCAUGCACUAAGCACUUUCUAAAGUUAGCCCCUGCUUUGUCCAAAAUUAACAGUGGCAGAUUGUCCCCAAGGAAAUAGUUUCAGAAACCACAUAAAUCAGACCACUCGCAGUGAUAAGAGGCCCUGGAACUCGGCUACCAAUCUGAGAAAAGAACACAUGAUUUUAUUCUGACAGUGAACUCGCUUCAUCCUAGUUUGCUGAUUGCUUUUGCCACUGGAAUCCCUUAUUCUUUCUGAGGAAAGCGCAGGCAGGAAAAAUAGCCCUGGGAUAAGAAGUUUAAGGGAGAAAAGAAGAAACGGUUAGACCGAGAGAGUGUACUUGUUUGAAUAAUUGACACACUGUAAUUAGACAGCGAUGCCAGUGGAAGCAAACAGCGUCUCUUUAAGGUUUCUGAAUGUAAAUCACGUUUUUCCCCAUGUUAACACAACGUUCUGCAGCUGUGACUCGGGUACCAGUCUCCUUCCUCCUGUAUCUUCACCGCUGGGUUGUUACUGUGCUCUUCUCUGCUGUUUUCACAUGAUAAGACCUUAACAGCCAGCAACAGCCAACAACUGCAUGAAAACACCAGCUGACAGAGAACUCCUUCAGAAUACAAAACAAAAAGGAUUUACAGCAACACAGCUCAACCCGAGCUCUGCUCUCACAGUCUGCGGAUGUGAGCGGUGACCCACGAGCGACUUGCUUUCCUUGUCUCUACUGCCAGUGUGUUAUUCUCUUUGCCUUAGUUUUUGUGUCUUCACAAUCACUUUUUCUUAAACAUUAAAGAUUCACAUUGGAGAAGCAUCAUAAAAGAAGCAUCUUUUCUACCUUCACUCCUGAAAAAGUCUUUUCAUGCAUUGUGAUUAAUCCUCACACAAGAGGGUUCAGCAGCCUGUCUUAGACGGGACUGCUCGUGCAGUACAUGAUCACCCCUACACAGCAUGACCGUAGAUGCAGACCCCUACAGUGAUUGAACCUCAGCACUGACCUAUUUUAUUUAGAGAUCAACCAUCACAAAAUGUUUUUUAAAUGACUUCAAAUGGAAUACAAUAAGAAUUUCAUCAGAAAACAUGUCUAUUGAAUCCUCUAGUUAUUCUGAUAAUAAAUCUGUAUACAGUACAUUUCCAUGUGCAGUCAUUUUCUUAAAGGGACACCAGUAGAAAAUGUUUUUAAUUCAGAACAUUAAAGAGGUGCUGGAGAGCUAAAAUGACAGUCCCUAAUUCACAAGUUUUAAUGUGUAACCCCCCUAUAUCAGCUAUUGGUACGCACCCUUCAUCACAAAUUGACACUGGCCUUUUUAUUAGGACCUACAUAGGAAAUGCAUUAAAAAACAGUGCAGUUAUACUGUGCCCUUUGAUCACCAGAGUCAGCGCAUCCUAUCAAAUAAGAACACAAGUGCACACUUCAACUUGUGCAUUUCUGGCCUUAUUGCAUUGCUGAAUCAGAAUUAACAUCAAAGCAUUUCAAAGCACAAUAAGGACUAUUGAGUUCAUUGAGUGUUCUGAAUAUGAGAUCCUUUGAUUUGAUUUAUUUUCACCACUGUAUAAUGGCAACAUGUAUCUGCUGGGAAUUAAUUGAACGCCACCAGAUACUCUGUGACCUUUGACCCUGGAAGCUGAGGCCAUUACCAGGAAAGCUCAUUAGGGUUGCCUGGACAUUGGCUUAAAAGUUGUUAAGCGACGUCAUGCUUUAUUUUGGGAUCUUGUUUGAAGCUCACUGAAACACAGAAAUAUGCUCAUUUUCAACCUUCUACAAUUAUCAUGUAAUAGGCAGCUAACAGGAGCGCUGUUAGUAAGCCAUUGGCUAUGUAACAGUAGUGUCCUUCCUUCUGUUGUGAUCAUCGCAGUGAAUGUGCUCCACACAGGACAGUGGCCCAGAGAACCUCCAAACGCUUAGCAUUGCAUUUUUAACAUUUUCUUCUACAAUGCUUGACUAAGAGGCCUAUUUUGAACUGCUCUUCCCCUGCAACUUAGUUAGUUCUUGUUACUUUUGUAAUGUAUCCCCUUCGGUCACAAUUUUGUUAUUCAUUUUUAGAAAUGUUAAAAUAAUUUGUGUGAACUGGCGGGGACAUGUUGUUGACUUUCAUAUGAAGGCCAAAAAUAUCUGUACCGGUACAAUAAAAUGCUUUAAAAGUAAAAAACUAAACAUAAAAAAGUUGAAUUCAGUCUUGGAUAUACGAAAAAGAAGCAGCGCCUGUGUGGUGAUGCUCUCCUCCUUCGUUGUGCUGUUAGGUCUUUAUCAAUCAGCUGUGAUGUUUUUCAGCUUGCUAUCUGAACCACUGCUUUGCCGUUGAGCAGGGUCAACGCAGGCUUCCUCCGUGACAUUGAAGUUUGACACCCACAUCUCUGC